GCGAACUGCACAGUAUUGCUACGCGUGAUUCGCAUCGACCUGCGCUUCGAACGCAUUCUUCUCCACACACUGUGCGCGCUGGCUGACUAUUGACUGUUUCUACCGCGCAAUGGCCUCGAAUAUCGCGCCCUGGCUGCAAGGCCUGGACGAGGCCUGGGAGGCCCCAACAAACAUGCAACAUUGGGCGCGACAGAGUGCCGAAACGAAGUCUGAGCGCCAGAAGACCUCUUCGCAAGCGACCACAGAGUUCCGACGAAGCCCACUGGCUCCACUGAGCACCAGCAUGUCCAAUGCAUCACGUGAGAACUAUGGCACGACUAGGAUGGCAGGCACGCGAUCGGUUUCACAGACCUCCGACGGCUCGCUCCUGCAGUGCGGCACCGUUCAACAGCGUUCGAAGAGCGCAUCGCCAGCAAAGAAGCAAGAGACACUGGAGUGGAAAAGAAGGCUUGUCAACGGAAAGCUUGGAUACGGCGACCAAACAGAUCUGUUUGCGCCAUCUGGUCUAGAGAAUAUCUUCGCGCGCUCGCAGGGUCGAGAGAAUGUGGUGCCAAAGGCGAAAAACAGAAUCAGCUGGCUGCCAGAGUCAGACGUGGUUAUGCCCUCAAGCCCGCCUCAAUGGCCACGCGACCUUGGAAGAAGUGAUCCGGCGCUGCUCAACAUGGUGCAGGAACACAGCGAUGGCCCGUCCACCCUUGAGCAGGUAGACGGCGAUGCCAGCUUUCGCAGCAACCCAUUCGACCUACACAUCACAGACGAAUCUUCCCAGGAACAGCAUGACAAUCCAGGGGCAUACCAAGAUCAGCCCCAUCGAACCGACACGGGUGCGGCAGCUCAUCGGACCGCAAGUGGCCAGACAGAGCUUGAGCAGGAAGACUUCAGUCCCGUAUACAUUUCGAAGCAUACUAAAAUCAACGGGCAAGUUGGUUAUGCAGCGCUGGAUUCACACAUUAUCAAGAAGUUUCAGACUCUCAGAGUCGAUCUACGCCAUCCGAGCCAAGAGCAAUAUCAGUCGCAGCAGGAUCCAUCCGAGCAUGAAGAAGCAGUAAAUCGAUCGGACUUCAGUGACGGCCCACAGAGCGUCUCUCUGCAGGCUCCACCCGAUCUCUCGCUCUCAGAGAAUCUGCCGACCGGUACACCUCCACUGGCCAGCCUGGGUCGCCAUGUUGAACUAGAGCGAGGUGGCUACUCAGCUUACGGCUCGUUCAAGCAGCGACCGUUAAGCCCAUCUCCAUCAAAGCCCGAAGACAGCGAGGAGCACUCAACAAGCGAACUGCUGUCUCCGUCAAUUGCUCGUGGUCGACCACUCCCGCCAACGCCUACUACUCCGAUACGGCCUAUGACUCCGGAUCCAGCUAAAACUCGGUCUUCUGGCAGUCCGCUCAAGCUGUUCACCGCACAUGACACCUUCACCAACAACAGGCUGCUAAGACGAAUGAGCCAGCUAGAUCCAGAAGUAAACGUUCUUGAUGAUUCGAAGAACGAAACAUACGAGUCGGUCGGUGAUAUUCCGAAGGUGUCGACAGCCGCGUCUCGUAAUUCUUUUGGCAGUGGCGAGCUUGACGGCCACGCUUUCGAAGCGGAGAUUACAGUUUCGAGCGCUUCGGACUCCCUAAAAGAUGACAGCGACCGCUCGCCAGGCCCUGAGAUUGCGGUACCUGGAAGUGUAGAUCCGGUCAACUUCCGACUUGAACCAUCUGCAGAACUUAAGGACACAUUCAAGCUGAAACGAAAGCUGUCGAAGCACAGCUUAAGUAACUCGAAAUCAUCGACCUUAGAAGGUGGCCAUCAAUUCAACAAGGCGUUGCAAGCAAGUGUAGAAGACGCUUCCGAUAUGGACGCGUACUACGAGCGCGCAGAGCAAGUGAAGAGCUUCGAAGCGACCAAGCGACCACCCACUUCGCCUUUCAAAAAUCCAACACCGAAACGCAGGCGAACCUUACACGCGUCUGAACUGGUUGACGAAGCUGCGCGAGCAAACCUGUCAUACCAAUUGGACAUUGCGGAGGCGGCAAGUAGUCGAAAGCGUAAAGACGCGCUGGCAGGUGAGCUUCAGGACGUUGCGGAUGCAAGCACACUUGCUAGCCGCAAGAUCCUCCGACCACGGAAUCCGACUCCUAAUCAGCGCCGGCGUGAUCAGGUCAGAGCCGAGCUUAGGGAGGCGGCAGAUGAUUUUGCGGCGCAGGAGCCAGAGAGGCUGGAGGCAGUCAUGGAGCAGAUCGAGUCAUCGAUUGCGGGCUCUGACGGUCCAGAUAGUUUGCAGAAACAGGCGGCUGUGCUUGCGGCGGAGGUGGCAAACUUCACCUUGCGAGUACACAAGCCGUCAGGCGAGCAUGGCGAGCGAAAGCGAUCCAUCACGACGCAGGACUUCAUGAACGAGGCGGUGAUGGUCAUGCAGCUUAUUCGAGCAAAAGCACGCCCGGCGAGUGGACUUGGCAGUGUCGAGGAGUCGGACGCGGAAGGUCGCAACAGCAGCCUUCUUCCUGACAGAUCGAUGCACGAGGCUGAAGAAUCUCUUCGUAUCUCGAGGCCACCAUCACGGGAAGGGAGAACUAGCGGAUGGAGGACCGCAGUCAUGCCGCAAACGGAUGCUAGGAUCGUCAGCCACCUCCGCAGAUUCCAGGAGAAGGACGAUACGGAGUUCAUCGCGGAUUCGAUUGCCUCGCUGCAUGUUGAUGAGGAAGACAUGCCGGGCGAAAGCGUCGUGGUGAUGGACGAGCAGUCGAACAUUCGUAUCACUGGCCCACCGCCAGGCGCACAGCACCGCCCGGACGAUGAUGAUGACUCGCGGCCUGCGUCUCAAAGUAGCACUUUGCACACGCAGCAAUCUAAUGACACUACUGUUAGCGGCAAGACAGGCACAAGCUCGACUCGCAAGUCGGAAAACCUAGGUACACUUGCACCGGAGGUCGUCAAACACCUCAUCGGCGAGCAGGUUGGCGGCAUGACUUUCGACAAGGAGCAGCAGCGGUGGACGCGCUUGAAAAGCCCCGAGAAAGUCGAGAAGGAUGACUUUCUUGGUCUAGCAAGCCAUCUUUCGAGCGAUGACGAUCCGUUCAGAGAGAUCUCGGACUUGCCAGUAGAUGAGCAGACGGAGCUGCGGCGUAUAAGUGACUCUGGUGCGCCAGCUACCACGGGACGAGACGGAGUAUCUAGAACGGACCAUCAAGACGUUGAGCAGCGAGGGAGCUCGACUGAAACCGUAGUGACGCGGCCAGUGACGAGAGACAGCAGCCACCUUGGGGGUCGGAUACAUCAUGCUCAUUCGAGCUCCGUACCCUCCCGAUACACAGGAUUCGGAUCAAGCCAGCAAGAGAAGAUUGAGACGAGAGCCACAUCGUACAGCGAUGAGGAGCUGGCGCAGAUGGCGGCGGUGGGCAAGGCUUGGAGGGCGCCGCUCGCACAUGCUGCUGCGCAAGCUACACUGGCACUGAAGACGGAUGAACAGAGACUGGCGAACGAGCACGCAGCAGAAGCCAUCGUUUCCAGCAUGCCAACGCCACUCGAGGGUAAGGUUGAGGUUGAGCUUGAGACCCGGUCAUUGGCUGUAUGCGAUACGGCACCAGCAGAUGACGAUCAUUUGCGCGACGAUACCGCUGUUGAGGCAACAAUACCUACGAUGAAGUCCAUCGCAUCACCUAAGCUCCGUCAAAGCCCAUCACCUGUGCUGCAGCGAGCGCAGGCGCAUUGGCAGCAUGCGACCCGUGAUCUAUCCCUGCGGAAGAAGACAUUAACGCGGCGCCUGAACGGCGAAGCACUCGAGCAGAGCGAGCUUUCUUUCGUCGCUGCGCUACCGGGCGAACGACUGGUCAGUGUUGCGCUUAGCGUUUCACGCCCACUGACGAAGCAUCACCAACCGCACCAAAUCACCGAGUUACAAUCCUCGCCGUGCAAGGGUUUCGGGAAUGAUACGUUCCUUCUCAGCGAUUUGCCUGACUUCACGAUCCAUGAGGAGGACGCGGCACGGCCAUCAGAGCGUGCUUUGGCGGAGCGACUUGCGCAAUACGCUGCUGCAGAUGUUGACAACCGCUACGCUCUGGCGGUCAAGGAACUUGUGAGGACUCUUACCGACGUGCAAGACGAAGAGCUGUAUUGGGAAGACGUCAAAAAGCUUGACCUACGAGACCGCUCUCUGGUCUCUCUGUAUGGUCUCGAUGAUUUCUGCUGCCGCGUCCAAGAUCUGGACGUCUCUGGGAACUCUUUGAUGCAUCUCGAGGGUGCGCCGGCGAUGAUUCGCAGGCUUGUCGCUCGCUCGAAUCACCUUAGCAGUCUAACUUGCUGGAGCCACUUGAUGAAUUUGCAGUAUCUCGACGUUUCUGGCAACCAGCUCGAUAAUCUUACCGGACUUGGCUGCCUGGUCCACUUGCGGGAACUUCGCGCUGAUGCCAAUCGCAUUACUUCGCUAAAUGGCAUUCGAGACCUAGACGGGCUGCUCACGCUAAGCCUACGGCGAAACGACAUUGCGCAUGUAGAUUUCCAUGGCUUCCAGCUGCAGCGGCUCGAAGAGCUUGAUAUGUCAUACAACAAACUUCAUACCGUGCAAAGCCUACACGAGCUCGCUGCGCUGCGAUCUCUGCGUCUGGAUGGAAAUCUGCUUGCGGCAGGGUUGUAUAUCGAAGAGCCCAUGUCGAAAUUGGAGAUCUUGUCCAUACGAGCAAGCGGUUUGAGGAUACUGGACACGUCGACAAUGCGCAGCUUGCGAUUCCUGUACGUUGACGACAACAGUCUUGCCGACGUUGCAAAUGUCGGUGUUCUUGCCAACCUUGACACAUUAUCGAUGAGAAGACAGCAGCUUAAUCAAGGAAUCCACAUUGUUGUGCUCGACCACCCGCUUGAAGCCCGCUCAGUUUGUCUUUCCGGCAAUGUACUACCAACGAUGCAUCUCAGCCACAGCCACCUCAACCUUCAGCACUUGGAGCUGGCCUCGGUUGGGCUUCAAGAACUACCGGAUGACUUUGGGCUCCGCAUGCCCAAUCUGCGGACACUAAAUCUUAACUUCAAUGGCCUGAGAGACAUUCGCCCUCUUCUGAACAUUGAAAGGCUGGAGAAGCUGAGUUUCUGCGGCAAUCGGCUGGACCGCCUGCGAAGGAAUGUGACGGCACUGGCCAAGUUGAAGACACUACGAACAGUUGAUCUCAGGAACAACCCAGUGACCCAUGGGUUUUACCCGCCUCCUGACGCAUGCGCAACGAGCAUCGUGCGCAGAAACUCCGUUCACGAUCCACAAAGCGAAGACGAGCGGGCCGUUGCUAUGGAGAUUGCACGGCAGCUUCUUCCGAAUCGCGACGUGGACGGCGACAGACAGCAUCAUGUUAAGAUGGAUGAGGGCACGCGCUUACGGCGGCGCGUGUACGAGCUUCUGCUGGCACGCAGUUGCGUGGCUCUCGAAGAGCUGGACGGUUUACCCUUUGCUAAGAGUGGAGCGUGGCAGAAGGAUACGACCUGGGAGCGGCUGGUAGAGCUGGGUGUUGUUCGAAAGUCUGGCGCCCAACGUGUGAUGUGA